AAUCUCCAUAAACAGUUUGUCGUGCCAUUACAAGAAGAGUCGAAAGAAGACGUUGCUGAAGACGUCGACGAUGAUGCGGAGCCGUCGACGGAUCCGAACGCGUUUCCUGAAAAUGAACGAAAAAUGUAUGAAAAGCUGUGCAGAAAAGCAGUCGGACUCAGUCCGAAAGUUGCAGCGAAACUCUACUGUCGUUACUUCCACAACCAAAACCCGUUCCUUCGGAUCGGGCCUGUGAAAAUGGAAGAGGCCUAUUUGAAGCCUAGGAUCGUUGUCUUCCAUGAAAUCAUGUUCGACUCUGAGAUCUCUGUGAUCAAGGACUUGGCUGUGUCCAGGUUGAGGAGAGCGACGGUCCAAGACUAUGUGACCGGAGACUUGAAACCUGCCGAAUACAGGAUCAGCAAAUCUGCUUGGUUGAAAACUGAGGAACAUCCGCUUCUCCGUCGGUUUGUGAAUCGGAUUGGACAGAUCACCAAUUUGAACACUGAAACUGCCGAAGAGCUUCAGGUCGGGAAUUACGGGCUCGCUGGUCAUUAUGAACCGCAUUACGAUUUCGCCAGGAAAGACGAAGCGAAUGCUUUCAAGAGCCUGGGAACCGGGAACAGAAUCGCCACGUGGCUCAAUUAUAUGAGCGACGUGGAAGCUGGUGGAGCCACGGUGUUUCCGGCCCUGCGACUCGCCCUGUUUCCGCGUCGGGGCUCGGCGGCGUUCUGGUUUAACCUCUACCGGAACGGGGAAGGCGAUUACUUGACUCGUCAUGCUGCUUGCCCAGUGCUUGCCGGCUCCAAAUGGGUUUCGAACAAGUGGUUUCACGAAGCCGGGCAAGAGUUCAGGCGCCCUUGCGGCUUGUCGCCAGACGAAUGACACAUCUCACGAACAGCAGCUGUAUAAAGGAACGAAAACAAAGGCUGGUGUUUUUCUGCUGACUAAAUAUUAUGUGGGGGGGAGCUAUUUUAAGCGUGACGUGGUGCAGCUUAUGUGGCAAUAAUCUCGCAUGCAAUCUCUUGUGGUAUUGUAAUAUUUUUCCCUGGUGCUAGACCAAAGCAUUUUCGGUUCGGUUUCGACGUUUUCGUUUCCACCUGGCCAUUUUUGUUUUUGGACGCAGUUACUGAUGGUAUUUUAUCGCGAGCUUUCGUGUGAUCUAUUUCAAAUCGGGAAAUCUGUGCAUUUCCUCUUCCGCCAAAGCGGCGUUUUGUGUUCAAUUGUUACUGGGGCGGCGAAAUUAAAAGUCGAUUGAAGGC